AGGUACACGAAGGGCAUCAGCAGGGCGGCCACCCCGAAGCCGAUCACCGACGCCGCCGUCACCCGGAAGCUGUUCGCCCGGACCUCGGUGAAGGCGCUGGUGCGCCCGGGGGUCUUGGGCGCCCGCGGGGCGAGCACCGCGUUCAGGGCCGCGGCCACCGCGGCGCUCAGGAAGAAGUCGGUCGAGAUGAGGCUAAGUGCAUCUGGAGGCUGA